UUCGUUCUUCGCAUAGAAAACCUACUGCUGAAUAGCAGCAUGGCGGAGAUAUUGAUUUCAUAGUGUGCGCGCGCAACAUCUGUCAAAAUUAGUUAUUCUGCUCCAAAUAAUAAAUAUUUCAGCAAAAAGCUCAGUAAUUGUGAAAAAUAAACUGUGAUAGUGUACCUGAAAUUAAAGGAUAAAAUAAUAAUCUUAUGUGUACCUUAAAAUUAUACUUAACUAUAUCUUUGAAUGUGUUAAUGAUUUCAUCUUAAUGCCGGACGGUUGUCAUUUGUUAUUCCGUAACGUAUUUCGGUUAUUAGUGUAGAGUUUUUGUUUAUCACCUGUUUUACUUUUAGCCUGUGUUAAUAUGGACUAAGUGGACUAACCAAAUGGAAUCAUAACGAACUAUAUUAUGAAACUUUGUUAGAUACUUACAUUUUCCCAGCAUCGGACCUGUCAAAAGUUUCUACUUUUCUACAAUUCUUUGUUACAUUGUGAUUUUUGUUGUUCUAUAAAUCUAAUAUUAGGCGUGUAAGCGGACAAGUAAAUUUUGCAUCAAAAAUCAUCGUCUUUAUCACGAUAAUUAAACGGAAGUAGAUAUUUUAUCCCAGUUGUAAACACUCGCGUAAUUUAUUGAUACUAACAGAUUUAUUUGUUAAAAUGUUAAAGUCGGUCAAGGUUAUAUAUAAAGCAUCUUUCUGAAUCAAUACGAUGAUACAUAAACAUGUCGAGAUGCCUGCGGAUCUUCGGAGCGUACUCGUACCGGCUGACGAGGCGUCACUCCACCCUGCUCCUCAUAGCAUCCCUCAUCGUGACCCUUACCGUCAUCUUCCACCUCUACACGCACAGACACUAUCAUCAUCACCACACGCUAACAAGGAUCGGUGACUUUGACUACCAACCGGGCGCUUUCCUCAAAGGACAGCAACCUAACGAAAAUAAAACGCAUUGCCAAUUUAAUUAUGGCCUCCCAGACACUCUUAAAUGGGGAACCUUCCGUGUAAUGCCUACUCCGGAAGCCGGUCUACAGAGCCCUUAUAGAGUUAUCUACAAUGCUGUCAAGGGCACUGCGUACUCGAACCACAGCAAAUAUAACGCAGUUACAUACGCUACUCAAGCGACGCCGGAAUACAUUUAUCAUAUAGUCGAAAUAGCAAGAUAUUGGGACGGCCCUAUCAGUCUCUCAGUUUUUGUACCUAAUUACGAUUUGGAUAUCACUAUGCAGAUCAUGAAUCAACUCUGCCGCUGCUAUUCUGGAAUGUCAAAAGUGUCACUCCACCUUUUCUAUCCUAAAAAACAUCCGCCUAAAUUACGAAGCAGAGAACAACGCACGACGACGACAGAAAUGCCGACAACUACUUCAAAUAUUACUUUAGAAGAAAUGUUACAGAAGAAACUGGAUAAUUACAGGAGAUUAGAUAAUAAGACUAGAUAUGAAUACAUUCAACGGGCGCGGAAGAGUAAGAUUGAGAGAAUGAUGUCGCGUAUGCCGACGAAAAGAAUAAUUGCCCCCAACUUGAUGUUUAACGAUUGUUCUGGUAUCGAUUAUGGUAUAAUGACAUUCAAGAAGGACAACAAUUUGAUAUAUCAUAUAAAUGUAGGUAGAAACGUCGCCCGAAAUGCGUCAAGGACAAAUUAUUUCAUUGUGUCGGACAUCGAAAUGGUGCCAAGUGACGGAUUGGCGCCCAAAUUUUUGACCAUGGUUAGAAAACUCAUGGGGGACAAGAAAAGAGAUGAGGGUUGCAUUUUCGGCAAGACUGUUUUCGUCGUGCCAUUGUUUGAGGUGGAAAAGGGGGAGCAGAUUCCGCGCGAUAAGGACACAUUGGUUAAAAUGGUAGCUUCCAACCGUGCUAUGUAUUUUCACCAGAAGUUCUGCUCACACUGUCAAAGGUUCCCCGGUCUACAAACUUGGCUCGCUCGACAGUCGCCGGGCAUUGUCGAGCCCAUGUUGAUAGCACGGCGAGAGUACCCGUUCCAUAGAUGGGAACCGCUGUACUUCGGCACUCGAAAGGAGCCGUGGUACAGCGAGUCGCUCUCGUGGGAGGGACGGCAGGACAAGAUGACACAGAUGCUGGAGCUUUGUCUGCAAGAGUACCGACUGGUUGUCCUCGAUGGAGGGUUCCUUUGCCACGCGGCGGCCCGCGCGCCGGCGCGUCAUACCCGGGCCGAGCGCGCCAACACGCAGCAAUACCAUAAGAUCAUCGCUACGCUCAAGGCUCGGUACCCCGAUAGGCCUGCUUGUAAACUGAUGUGGGGAUGUAAUACUUAAGCAAUGAGCAUAUUGUACGGUAAGAUUUUUUGCAACAAGGGCAGCAAUUAGCAGCAUUUUCUCGUGUUCUUAUAGCCGCUAUAUGCACGGAUCAGCGAUUCAUGUGGAGCUGCGAUACCUGUUGACAUGUUGAUCUGACUGUACUGGACUGUGGGUACAGUCAAAGUUAUUAUAUGGUGGUGGAUAAACACAGUAUACAUGAACCUUUUUUCAUAUCGCUGAAUAGUGGAUAACCAAACCGUGAUUUCAGUGUAAGUACUGUUUAUGCUUUUACAUUAUAUUACACUAUACAUAUAUUGUAUGUAUAUAUGUAUAUAAGUAGGUAUUUUACAUCUUUGUAAUAAUCUUUGCCUAAAUAAAUUUGUCAAAAGAUGCCGGUGCCAUUAAAUAAAUAGCCGGAUUGUCAAGUCUGCAAUGUAUUUAUUAACCAAUCUGUUUUUAUAAGCCCGGAGACCUACAAUUAGAGAAUGAAAUUUAAUAUGCAUUGUUUGCAAUUGUUACAUUUGUUUGAAGUGUUGUCAUUCAAAUUGUCGAAGUCAGUAUUAUGUUAAUUUAAUGUUACACCGGUCACGCUCUUGUCGAUCUGAUAGCGAACUAUAAUGGUAACAUUCCAUUUCUGACCGCAGCUGCACUACUGGUACUGAACGCGUCGCUGUCAUUGUCAAUUUCCAUAGUAAAAUGAACAGUAAUGCAGCUGUCGUUGGAAAUGGACUGUCACCUUUACAAUGAUAAUUUUACGGUGCUUUUAUUUAUCCAUUCGAUCACUAUCGGUACUUGUCACUUCGUGUCUUGUGCCACCUGUUUUUUUCACACCGGAAUACGUAAAUAGAAAUUUAGAAACACAUCGAUAACGAAUGUCACGCGCCGGGGUCGGACAUAUUCGCUAACUUAGUUUUAGUUUUGACACAAUAAUAAAUAGGUAGGUAUAUGUAAUUAUGUAUGUAGGUAUUGUAGGCACCUACAUCUUAUAGUAUUUAUAAAAUAUAUUUUUAAUGAUUCAAAAUGAUUGUUUUGAACUUUGUAAGUAAUUUAUAAAUGACAGUUUUCACAACCCUGAAGGAAGAUCAGCGUUGUUCAAGAAGUCCUCUUUUAUCUUAUUAUGUGACCUCAUUGCGUUUAUUUCGAUUUAUAUGUAUUUGUUAUAGAAAUAUCUUUACAUAAAUUUAAUUAUUGUCACUGUAAGCUCAAUAUCUCGUAUCUGCACUACCCGUUCAUUGUUGUAAGUUAUUGGUUUCCUGCUACCCAAAGGUUGUCUGGAAGAGAUCGCUUUUGAGCGAUAAGACCGCCUGUUGUUACUUAAUGUAAUAUCUGUUCUUUUUCAUUAUGUGGUGCACAAUAAAGAAUAUAUUAUUAU